AUGGGCCUGAAUGAGGCCGGCGCUCGAGAGCUUGCUGUAGUGGCGGCUCCUGCAGUGGUUGUUCCUGCUCCCGUGCACGUUGUGCAGCUGGAUGAGUUGAGUGUGCAGUCAAUGGCUCUUCGUAAGAAUGAUGCCCAGCCUUCGGGUGCUGACGCCAGCCUUCCAGUCUCGCCUUCGUUGCCACCUGCGGUCGAUAUCCUCCCUGCUGUGCCUAACGGCAUCGACGUCCCCUCAUUUGCAGUUGUCGAUGAGGCUCCCAUUGACCAAGUUGUGCGUAAUCCGUCCCCAGUGACGUUGCCUUCUUCCUCGUCCUUGGACCAGCUCCCAUCGCAGCUGCCAGUAGCAGGUGAUUUUGCUGCUGAGGACCAUGGUGUGGUUGUCUUGCUUGACGAAGAGGCCUUGUGCCUGUUGUUUCUGUGCGCUCCGUUCGCCGCCAGCCCCGUCACCGCCAUCAUCAACACCUCCGUCGCCAACACCCGGUUUCUUCUUCGUUCCGCGCUCCUCACACCACCACCACCAUUACCACCGGGAUCAUCAAAUCCGCCACCACCGUCACCAUUACUUGCCGCUCGUUGCCCCGUCCGUUCCUUCUGCUCCUGUUCCUGUUCCUGUUUCUUCUUCUCGUCAACACCACCGCCAUCAACGCCGCCGCCAACAACACCCCCAUCAUCGACACCACCACCAUCACCGCCGCAACCACACAGUCCUUGCAUCCUUCCGCGCACCUCGUCAUCACACCCGCCACCGUGA